CAUUUAUUACAUUCUUAACUUUUGUAAGAAAAACCCAUUAAUAUAUUAUAGGCAGUUGGUGGACAGCGUGCUAAUCUUGAAUGAGGUUGUGCAUGAGGUAAAAAGAAGAAAGCAACAAAGCUUUAUGUUUAAAGCUGAUUUUGAGAAAGCUUACGAUUGUGUGGAUUCGGGUUUUCUCGAUUGGAUGAUGGAUAGUAUGGGCUUUGGGGAUAAGUGGAGGAAAUGGAUUCGGGAAUGUCUCUCAACUGCGAGGAUCUCGGUGUUAAUAAAUGGAAGUCCAACGAAGGAAUUCUCUGUAUCCAAAGGCCUUCGUCAAGGUGAUCCUUUGUCCCCUUUUCUGUUUUUAUUGGUUGGAGAAGAUUUGUGUGGGUUGGUCAAAAAAGCUGAGUGUGAAGGGCUUUUGAGAGGGGUGGAGAUUGGAAGGGGAGGGGAGGUGUUGUCGCUAUUACAAUUUGCAGAUGACACAGUUUUCAUAGGGACAGCUGAUGCUGAAAAUGUUAGAGUUGUGAAAGCUAUCUUGCUUUGGUUUGAAAUGAUCUCUGGAUUAAAGAUUAAUUUUAGCAAGAGUCAUCUGUACGGGUUUAAUAUUUCGUAUGGUUGGUUACAAGGAACUGCAAACAUGUUACACUGUGGGGUGGGCAAAGUACCUUUUAUAUACUUGGGUUUGCCAGUAGGAGGAAAUCCGGGGAGGAAAAGGAGGGAGAGGGAUGUUACUUCCGUUGAGGGUUUGAAUAUGUCUCAGAUUUGGAAGGAUAUUGUGAGUUUGGGUAGUAGAUCAAAACGAUUAUCAAAGAUGUUAGUAAGGGGUUUUAAGUGGGAAGUUGGGGAUGGAAGCUGUGUGGAUUUUUGGAGUGACAAAUGGGUGGGGGAUAAGUCUUUGAAGGAGUUAUAUCCUAGGUUGUUUGUGUUGGCUGUAAGGACGGAAGGAAUACUGAAGGAUAUGGGGGUUUGGCGUGGAGAAAAUUGGGUUUGGGAUUGUAAGUGGAGAUGUGGAUGUAGAGGGAGGGCAGCAGAAGAGGAAGAACAUUUUCGGGCAAUGAUCAAUGGAUUUAAGUUGCAGAUAGAUAGGGAGGAUUCUUGGAAAUGGGUGCAUUGUAGUGAUGGUUGUUAUUCGGUGAAGGCAGCAUAUGAGUUAGCGACUAAGGAGAAUUAUGUAAGAGAGGAAUUGUGUUGUCAGGGGGUGAUGUGGGUUGCGUGUUCUGUCAUGAGGGGGAGGAGCAACUUCAUCAUAUUUUAUGUGGGUGUAAAAGGGUAUGUGGUAUUUGGUAUAAGUGGAGGAGUUUUGAAGGAUUUAAGGGCUCUCAUGUUUCUGGUUACGGCUUGGUUUAUUUGGUAUUGGAGGAAUAUGUAUGUGUUUAGGACAAAGGGGAUGUCUGAAGAGCAAUUAUUUGAGUCUAUUCAAGCAAAAUCUUUUUUAUGGCUCAAAAACAAGGAACCAGGGUGUGUGUUUUCGUAUACGGAUUGGAUGUUAAGGCCAAGGGAGUGUAGGGAGGUUAUUGUGCAACAUCGCAAGAAUCUAAAGAGUGCAAGGAAACUACAACGGGAAGCAAUCUGGAAGAGAGCUGAUCAAGAAGGGUAAAGCUCGCUCAAGUGUGUUGGUGGUUUUCGUUACUGUUGGAUUUUGAGUGCUGGAAGCUUGACUAAGCUGCAGAGGCAUUUGUAUGCUAUUUUUAUGCUUCUUUGUUCGGUUCUGCUCUGUUUUCAUGAUGGCUCUAUUUGAUGCUUUAAAAUCUUGUGAUAUAGUGCAUCUUUGAUUAGUGUAUAUGGGCAGGAGUACCCCUUGUACUCUAUAUAAUAAGAUUUGUUUUUGCUG